AUGGAUAGAUCCCCCAUAAGGCGAUCAGGAGGGCGUUGGCGGAUACGCGAUUCAUUUGUGACGACUUUCCCGCUCCCGGAGUUGGCAAAAGGAUCAGGGACGAAAAAAGGCCUCAUCACCUCCAUUGAUUGGUCCCUCCCGCUUUCAACGGGACGAAUUUGGGAAAUGAGUUUUGAUUCCAUGGCGGCAUGGGGUAGCUUUCACCCAAGCCAAACAGGGAGUUCCCAUAUUAGCGCGUUUAAGUUACACAAAAUAAUGGAACAAACUGGCAGUUAG